UUGAGUUCAAACAGACAGUCCUUCCGCUAUUCUCCUCCUCGUUCUUCACCAACUUCUCUUCCUUUUUAUAGUUCCCUCCUUUCCCUUUUUCUUUCCUGUUUUUCCCCUCUUCUUCUUUAUCCAAAGCUGUCCUUUGAUACUUUGAGCAUUAUUAAUACACACAUUACCCCACAUUCCCAAUCAUUUCUUCCUCGAGCAAAGGGACCAAUUAUGUAGCUUCAGUCUCCUUCGUCAAAUUCAUGUUUGAUUUCAUCUUCUAAGAUAGAUAUACGCGCACUCACGCACACACACGUAUUUGCUGUUCUAAAGUGAUUGUGGAAACAAAUACUUGAAGAAUGGAAGGGGCUGUUGGCAUGAAGGAUGAGAAAGUACAAGAGAGGUGGAUUCAGCACUACAGUAGCAGGCACCAGAUCCUGCUAGUGGGCGAGGCAAAUUUCUCAUUCGCAGCUUCCUUAGCCACUGUAUUCGGCUCUGCUCACAACAUGGUCGCUACCUCUUUGGACUCUCGAGAGCUGGUCGAGGAGAAGCACCCAAGUGCGAGAGCUAAUCUGCAGCUUCUGGAGCAGUUGGGGUGCAACAUUUUGCACCAAGUGGAUGCCACCGCGAUGAUAAGAGAUCCCCGCCUUGAUUCCAAGCUGUUCGAUAGAAUAGUUUUCAACUUCCCUCAUGCAGGGCUCACUUUCAACAAAAGCGAUCCUUUCCAAAUUGAGCUGCACAGCAGUGUAGUAAAAGGGUUUCUUAAGAAUGCUUAUGAGAUGUUGAGAGAGAGUGGCCAAGUACACAUAACCCUCAAGACGGCUCACCCAUUCAAUAAAUGGAAAAUAGAAGAUUUGGCAGAGGAUGUGGGACUGAAUUUGGCUGAGAAAGUGGAGUUCAGUAUAUAUCAAUAUCCAGGCUAUAGAAACAAGAGAGGCCAUGGCAGUAGAAGCGACCGGACUUUCCCAGUUAGAGAAUGCUCUACUUUCAAGUUCUGUAAAAUGGAAGGGGCUGUUGCCAUGAAGGAUGAGAAAGUACAAGAGAGGUGGAUUCAGCACUACAGCAGCAGGCACCAGAUCCUGCUAGUGGGCGAGGGAAAUUUCUCAUUCUCAGCUUCCUUAGCCAUUGUAUUCGGCUCUGCUUACAACAUGGUCGCUACCUCUUUGGACUCUCGAGAGCUGCUCGAGGAGAAGCACCCAAGUGCGAGAGCUAAUCUGCAGCUUCUGGAGCAGUCGGGGUGCACCAUUUUGCACCAAGUGGAUGCCACCGCGAUGAUAAGAGAUCCCCGCCUUGAUUCCAAACUGUUCGAUAGAAUAGUUUUCAACUUCCCUCAUGCAGGGCUCACUUCCAACGAAAGCCAUCCUUCCCAAAUUGAGCUGCACUGCAAUGUAGUGAAGGGGUUUCUUAAGAAUGCUUAUGAGAUGUUGAGAAAAAGUGGCCAAGUACACAUAACCCACAAGACAUCUCACCCAUUCAGUAAAUGGAAAAUAGAAGAUUUGGCAGAGGAUGCGGGAUUGGAUUUGGCUGAGAAAGUGGAGUUCAGUAUAUAUCAAUAUCCAGGCUAUAGAAACAAGAAAGGCUAUGGCAGUAGAAGCGACCGGACUUUUCCAGUUGGAGAAUGCUCUACUUUCAAGUUUUGCAAAAAAUUAAAUUAAAUCUCUUUAAUUAUUUAUGUCAUGUUCGAUCUUAUCUUUAUAAGUCUUUGGGUUCUGAAUAUAUAUUGGAUAUGCAAUGAUAGACAUUUAAUUGAAAACUGAA